GCGCGCCGCCUGGCCACGGUGGCCGCCUUGGACACGGAGCGCGGAGAGUGGGAGGCGUGGGCCGCGGCCCCCGGCAGCUGCCCUCCUGCGGGCCUCAGCGGUCACACCUGCACCCGCCUCUCCGACCGAGAGCUGCGGGUGGCAGGCAGGGAAGGGGGGAUCCGCACCCAGCGUCGCUAUGGAAGCAUCUACACGUUAAGGCUGGACCCCGGCGCCCGCACCUAUUGUUAUAAGGAAGAAAGGUACCACUCCGUCUCCCGCUCCGGACACUGUGCCGCCCUGCUCCCAGCUUCUGGGCCCCGCCCAGGUCACCAGCUGUGGCUCUUUGGGGGCUGCAACUCUGCUGAACCAGAAGUAGCUGGGCAUUGGAGUCAUGGGAAGAUUAAGGAGGAACCGCCUAUUGCCCCUCGUUUGAUGGAACAGCUUGUAAAGCUUGUGAGCAGUGCGCAGGGGUCCUGGCAGGGCCCUCGGGGACUGCGGCAUCACUCCUGUUCUGUGGUUGGGCCCUUUGCUGUGCUGUUUGGUGGAGAAACUUUGAGCAGAGCUAGAGACACCAUUUGCAAUGACCUCUACAUCUAUGAUACCCGCAGCUCUCCUUCUCUGUGGUUCCACUUCCCCUGUGCGGACCCUGCGCUGAAACGUGUGGGCCAUCAGACCUGCCUUUGGAAUGAUCAGCUUUACCUGGUUGGGGGUUUUGGUGAGGACGGCAGGACGGCCAGCCCACAGGUUUGCACCCUGGACCUCUUUAUCUAAAGAAUGGUGCCAAGACACACUGCCAAGCCACUGUUUUGUUGUAAACUCAUAAAGCAUUAUCACCAGAGCUACCUGCCUCCUUCAAAUGCUUACUAUUAAAUUUCAAUCUAACAGUCAACAUUUGUGUCUGAAACUUUUGGGGUGAUGACUGUAAAUAAGGAGACACAUCUGUUUUGACAGCUGUGGCUCUGUGGUAAGAGCAUCAGCCUGUGGCUUG